GGAUUGUUAAAUGACGGAAACACCCUUACUAUAUAAAGAAAAGUCUCCGGCUACAUUUUUGUGGCGUCAGCGAUAUUUUCGGAAGAAGAGAGAGAGAGACGGAGAGUGAAGGCGGAGGAAGGGAGAGAGAGAUGAUACCGCAGCAAUGGACGCCGCCGUGUGGGAGCAAAUGCACGAAUAAGUACUCAGCAUUUACGCAGCUUCCAUGGAGAGUAUUCUGCAAAAAGGGAUGUGAUGCCGAUAGUGACUCAUGGGAAGAUUGUAAGCAUUUCUUUUUAAUUCUUUGUAAUCUGUAACGAAACUGUUGAUGAAAUGAUGAGCGGUUAGAUUUGUCCUCACUAUGGAACAUCAUAAAAACCAAGCUUGUCUCCUACAUAACGAAAUUACAUGUUCAUGAAGAGUAUCUUCUGCUUUUCAGGUUUAAGUUUCCAAGUUAAUGAAUUGGUGUAAUAGUAGUGUACUCUCUAUAGGUGUAGGAGACUGCAGUGAAAUUUGCUACAAAGAUCCUGUGCUAAAAGACAGACCAUGGACUGCUGUUAUAGAUCGUUCUCCUGGAGAUGCCAAAUACUCUGAGGAAUGCUUUCACGCAUGUGUAGCAGGCUGUGGUUACAAGUUUGAUGUUGAAGCUGAGAUAGUCAAUAAGGUGAAACCAAAGAGACCUCCACCACCACCGCCAAAGCCACAACCACCACCACCACCACCACGUUCUCAAAAACCAAUGCAGCCUCCUACUGAGGAUGUUCUUGCAACUUCCGCUUGACGUAUCUCAACCCCCAUCAAAGGCUAACACUUGGAACUCCUCAAUUUUUUGGUAUCUAAACAUAUGAGGGAGUAUUACUUUUCAGAGUAGCCAACUCAAAGGAUUGGUCCAUAAACUUUUUUUUUUCUUUUUCUUUUGAUAGUUUUUGCAAUAGAGAUUGGAGAGUAGAUAUUAGUGGGACUCGUCCCGUGAUGAAAGUUAGAGCAUCCAAAAAGCUCAAGUUCCUAAAUUCCAUUGAAUUUUUUGUUUUCUUAAUAUGUAGAAUUUUCAUUCUUAUCAAAAGAAAAACAAAUGUAGAAUUUCCUUUCAUUAGAUCCAAUAAUAUUUGAACGGCACAAAAUUUCCAAAUAAGAAAGAGUGACAAAGAGUCUAGCCAAUCAGAG